AAUGGGGAUCAAACAAACGGGAGUUACAAUUAGUGAACAUGCAAUACAACAACUUCCAGUGAGCAUUCGUAUUUAUCACCACCUAGCAACACAAUACUUUAACGCCCCCGCGAACACGCUCCUUCUUGGGGACGUUUCCGUUUUUUACAAUAACAAAAAAAACAGAGGUUCGUUUGUCAAGUACGUGACUGUGCGGGUGUGUUUUGUGCCUGUGCCUCUUUAUUAUAUUCAAUAACUGUUAUUUAUUCCUCGGAGCGUCUCUUUGUAAACAAUAAACAGCUGUUUUCUUGCAUUAGAACAUUUAGUGUUGAGAAACGACACGCCUCGGUACGAAGAUCAAACGCACAUUUUCGGUAAAAUAAUGUAAAUUAAACUAUUUUAUAAGUUACAUUUUGUUAAUGAAAUAGUUAAUAUCAUGCAUACAUUGUGUCUUUAAUUGAUUAAUUGAUUAAAGAAACAAAAAGUGUUUAAAUGUAGCAAUAAAAGUUGAUUGGAUCAUUUCCACGCCGAGUUUAUUUGUAUUUCAUUACAAAAACUUUACAAACGAGAUUGAUUUAGACUAAACUACCGAUUAUUUGUGUAAAGUGAUCUUUCAAAGAUUCUCCUUAAAACUAAAAAUGCCCGACAACUUCUAUGAGCUUUUAAAUGUGAGUUCCACUGCCAGCUUUGAGGAGAUCAAGUGCAGCUACAAACAAUUGAUUCUACAAUGUCAUCCCGACAAAUUACAACAGCUCCAUGACCCAAAUCCGAUAUCGAGAUCGGCGGCCCAAAACAGCAGUGACUUUAAUGCGAUAAACGCUGCGUGGAACACACUGAAAGAUCCCGUCAAGCGUAAGCACUACGAUGCCGAAUUGCUGCAGUCAAAAUUCCAGGCGCACAGCAAUAUAUACGCCAGCAUUGGGCUCUCCGAAAUGCAGCGGAUUCAAGUAGAAAUCGAUGAAUAUGACGAUGAUGAUGAUGAUGAUAAUGAUGAUGAUGAUGCGGGGGCUCCUCCCUCGCAAGAACCACAGGCAGACAAAGGGCCGGUGGCGACAAUGUGGAGCUACGCGUACGAUUGCCGCUGCGGCGGUCAGUAUCUGUUCGACGGUGGACCCGGAGACGAUGAGUCAUCAUCCGAAGUGAUUGUGGAGUGCAGCGAGUGCUCCUUAGUGAUUAUAGUAAAACUUCCCGCAAAGUAAUAUUUAAAUAAAGAGAACGGGGCAAUAACAAUGGAAAUGCUGCCCAGAACAAUGCUUGUGAUUUAAA